AUGGUCGGCAAUACGUGGGUUUUUGUGAGUGCCGACGGGGCAGAGCGACGCACCUAUACCUUUGAGGGACCCGAAACUGUUGACAGUGAGGAAUUUAUCAUCCUGAAGAUCACCAAGGAGACAGUCGGAACAGACGUAGUUGCGUUUGACAAGUCCUGGGUAACUGUUGCUGGAGAUGGAGAGAUUAUACUACAUCAAGUUGCCUUCGACCGAGGGGCAUUUGGCAUCGCCGAGGCGACUUAUGAUCCACCGGUUACUAAUUACCCCGCCGCACUACCAUUAGGACGUACGUGGGAAAUUGUGACGGAAACAGAACUAAAACUGGUGGGAGCAGCGACCACUACCAGCGCUUUAGAGGUUGUUGCAAUCGAGGACGUUGAAACCCCGAUCGGCGUAUUCAAAGAUUGUGUUAAGGUGGAGACUAAUCGAAGAGCCGUCACGGCACUUACAAUUGUACGUGAGAAUGAGUUCCUAUGGCUUGCCCCUGAUGUCGGUCCCAUCAGAUAUCAGAAUGAUCAGGAAAUUGUUUUUGACUUGAUAAGUUACAACGUAGUUGAAGCACCCGCUGCCGAGGAAGCACCACCUGCUGAGGAGACUCCAGCCGCUGAAGAAGCACCUGCUGUUGAGGAGGCACCGUCUGCUGAAGAAGUGGCUCCCGUUGAAGAGGUACCUCCCACCGAGGAUGCACCUGCUGAAACUCCUGAGGAACCAGUCGUAGAAGGUCCCGGUUUUGAUGUAACCCUUGAACCCGGUUUAAACAUGAUUUCAAUUCCGUUGAUGCCGGCAGAUCCCUACACAGCGAAAUCGUUGGCAGAAAUGCUGGACGCAACAGCUAUUAUUCAACUCGAUGCGGCGAAGCAGCGUUUUGUCGCUUACACGGUUGCUGAUGAAAGUGAUGGCUUUGGCAUUAUGGGGGACAAAGGUUAUAUCGUGAAUACGCUGGCUGGCGGCAUGGUGAAGUUCACAGGUGAUGCGUGGGACAACCAGCCUGAACCGGCACCGAUGCCAGAUGAACCUGUUGCUGAGGAUGUGCCCGCCGAAGAUGCUCCCGCUGAGGAAGUUGUUGAAGAAGCACCCGCCGAGGAAGCACCUGCUGAGGAAGUUGCUGAAGAGACACCCGCUGAAGAAGCACCCGCCGAAGAUGCUCCCGCUGAGGAAGUUGCUGAAGAAGUGCCUGCCGAGGAAGCACCUGUUGAAGAGGCACCCGCUGAGGAAGUUGCUGCUGAAGAAGCACCCGCUGACGACGCAGCCGCUGAAGAGGCUGCUGAAGAGGCUGCUGCCGCUGAGGCUGGUGGAGAUGAUGCUCCCGCCGCACCCGCGCUCGCAACCUAUGACAGCGCAUGGGCGUUCAUCGUUACCAGUGACAUCCAUGGCAUGGAAACUGGCACGGCAUAUACCCUCGUCGCUGAGAACCUCCGCACCGGUGUUAUCGCCACGGAGAAUCUCACAAGUGCUGCGAAACGUUCCUCCGCUGUCUGGGCAGACCUGAACCGCAAGAGUGUUGUUGAAGCAGGUGAUAGACUCAAAGUCGCCCUUUACGACGAUCGUGGUAGCAUCGUAUCAGGUCCGUUCCAACGCACGGUUACGACGAUGGAUAUUCGCAAUGCGUUCCUGAGUCUACAACUGAAUGUUGGAGAUGUGCAGCCGCAAGACACGCUUUUGGCGCAGAACUUCCCGAAUCCGUUCAAUCCAGAAACAUGGAUUCCGUAUCAGUUGAGUAAAGCGACAGAAGUGAAGAUCGAUAUAUAUGAUAUAUCGGGUCAUUUGGUGCGUUCGCUGGAUUUGGGAUGGCAGCCGUUAGGUGCGUAUAUGACGCCGUCAGGUGCUGCGUACUGGGAUGGUAAGAACGCGGUAGGUGAGCGUGUCGCGAGUGGUAUCUACUUCUAUACGCUACAGACAUCAGAUUUUGCUGCGACCCGACGGAUGGUUAUCCUUAAGUAG